CAUGCCUUCUCUGACCUUCCUAUAUCAAUUACUUUCAUUUCCUUUCGAAUCCACUCUCUACUGCCGGCGAAAAUGCAAUUGGAGAGACCUAAUCGGACGGCCGACGAUGAAUCCAGUUCCAUCGCUUGGCGGAUCGAACGUCUGUCCUCACAUCUGACACCUGUUCCCCGCCCCUUUUGUGACGGUGAUCAGUUGGAGUUGCUUACCUGCGCCAAGGCGGCGAAGCUGGAGGUGGACCGGGCGCAGCUGUCACUUUACAUGCGAGGGAAGUACAGGGAUAUACAGGAGAGGAUUUUCAGUUUCUUCGAUUCGAGGCCUGACUUGCAGACUCCAUUGGAGAUCUCCAAGGAUCAACACAGGGAGCUCUGUAUGAGGCAGCUUCUCGCUUUAGUUAAAGAGGCUCGGAUUAAGCCGUUUAAGUAUGUUGUGGAGGAUCCCGCCAAGUACUUCGCCAUUGCAGAGGCGGUCGGGAGUGUAGACAUAUCCCUAGCGAUCAAGCUGGGAGUGCAGUACAGUUUAUGGGGAGGAUCUGUGCUAAACUUGGGAACCAAAAAACAUUGGGAUAAGUACUUUGAUGGCAUUGAUAAUUUGGAUUAUCCAGGUUGUUUUGCAAUGACUGAGCUGCAUCAUGGCUCUAAUGUUCAAGGUCUCCAGACGGUUGCAACAUUCGAUCCCAUCAAGGACGAGUUCAUAAUCAACACCCCUAAUGAUGGAGCUAUCAAAUGGUGGAUUGGCAAUGCUGCAGUUCAUGGGAAGUUUGCCACGGUUUUUGCUAGGCUAAUAUUGCCAACUCAUGACACAAAAGGGAUUGCAGAUAUGGGUGUUCAUGCCUUCAUUGUUCCAAUAAGAGAUAUGAAGACCCACCAGACACUUCCCGGAAUUGAAAUACAGGAUUGCGGUCACAAGAUUGGCAUUAAUGGGGUAGAUAAUGGAGCCCUGCGAUUUAACUCUGUAAGAAUUCCCCGAGAUAAUCUUCUUAAUCGAUUUGGAGAUGUUUCUCGCGAUGGGAAAUACUCAAGUAGCCUCCCUACCAUAAGCAAAAGAUUUGCUGCUACACUUGGGGAACUUGUGGGUGGGCGGGUUGGCCUUGCAUAUUCUUCUGUUGCUGUCCUGAAAAUUGCUGGCACAAUCGCCAUCCGCUAUUCGUUACUGCGACAGCAAUUUGGUCCACCCAAGCAACCUGAAAUUAGUAUUCUUGAUUAUCAGUCUCAACAGCACAAGCUCAUGCCAAUGCUGGCAUCAACUUAUGCAUUUCAUUUUGCCACUUCGCAUUUGGUGGAGAAAUAUUCAGAGAUGAAGAAGACCCAUGAUGAACAAUUAGUUGGGGAUGUUCAUACUCUUUCUGCUGGCCUAAAGGCUUAUGUGACAUCUUACACUGCUAAGUCAUUGAGUAUUUGCAGGGAAGCCUGCGGAGGCCAUGGAUACGCUGCUGUCAAUCGCUUUGGUACCUUGAGAAAUGAUCAUGACAUUUUCCAGACAUUUGAGGGGGACAACACUGUGCUUCUACAACAGGUAGCAGGUUAUCUGUUGAAGCAGUACCAGGAGAAGUUCCGUGGUGGGACGCUUGCGGUGACAUGGAACUACUUGAGAGUAUCCAUGAAUACAUAUCUCUCCCAGCCAAACCCUGUAACUGCACGUUGGGAUGGUAAAGAUCAUUUGCGAGAUCCCAAGUUCCAGUUGGAUGCCUUCAGAUACCGGACUUCUAGAUUGCUGCAAAGUCUUGCUGUCAGGCUUCGCAAGCACUCAAAAACUCUUGGAGCCUUUGGUGCAUGGAAUAGAUGCCUAAAUCAUGUUAUCACCCUAGCAGAGUCCCAUGUUGAGUCUGUCAUCCUUGCAAAGUUUAUUGAAGCCGUGCAAAACUGUCCUGAUGCGAGUUCUAAAGCUGCUCUGAAACUUGCCUGUGAUCUUUAUGCCUUGGACCGAAUCUGGAAUGACAUAGGAACCUACCGCAAUGUGGACUAUGUGGCUCCCAACAAAGCUAAGUCAAUCCACAAGCUCGCCGAAUACCUUAGUUACCAAGUGAGGAAUAUUGCAAGGGAAUUGGUAGAUGCAUUUGAUCUUCCAGAUCAUGUCACACGUGCCCCGAUCGCUAUGCAGUCAGAAGCUUAUACUCAGUACACACAGUUUGUAGGGUUUAUUCCUACAGAAAAUUGAAAGCAGCAAAGAUUUUUUUUUUUUUUUUGAAAAAACCAACAGAGCAUCUGGAGUAGGAGAACAAUGUUGUAAGAUAAAAUGUGAUUCUGAGUCAUGUGUUCCACGCACCUCCACCGCUAUGGAUACGUCUGAUCACUAGAUACCUUGAAUGUUUUGAGAUUUCGUGCAUUGACAGAAUUGUUGUUCACUAA